AUGAUGAUGAGGAGCGCUAACGCCCACGUCAAAACCCUAGGCCUACCUGUCCGUACGUUUCUCUCAUCGAUCUUCACCGCUAAACAGAAAUCCCCGUCGCUCUCCGUUCCAUUGCGAUCGUCGUUGGAUACUCCCACUCGUUACUUCUCCAGUGUCCUAGCAGCAGCCUCCAAUUCUCCGAAUCAUGGUUUUCGUGGAAUCCGAAACCACGGGUCUCUCUUCACUGUGAGGGCUAUUGCUUCGUUUCCCGCCGCUUCGGUUCAGCCGCAGCCGCCGCAGCAGCAGCGUCAGACUCAGCAACCAGAGGAGAGUGGUGAAACGGUUCCGUCUUUGGAGGUUGGUGAUGGGAAUUCUGGCGGCUUAGAGGAAGAUGCCAAGCUUUCUCUUCCCGUGCGAGCUUAUUUCUUCUCCACUAGCGUUGAUUUGAAAAGCUUAGUGGAGCAAAACAAGCAGAACUUCAUCCCUCCCACUUCUCGUAUGACUAACUAUGUUGUUCUCAAGUUUGGCAAUCAUUCUGAUCCCACUGGUACUGGUGGUUGGAUAAGCGGGAGUGAGUGCAUUUACAUGGUAGUAUUUCAGUAUGGAUCGAUCGUCUUGUUUAACGUACGGGAACAUGAGGUUGAUGAGUAUCUUAAAGUGGUGGAGAGGCAUGCUUCUGGCUUGCUUCCUGAGAUGAGAAAAGAUGAGUAUGAAGUAAGAGAGAAUCCAACUCUGCACACGUGGAUGGAAGGGGGACUGGAUUACAUCAUGUUGCAGUUCUUGAAUAUUGAUGGCAUCAGAACCAUAGGAAGUGUUCUUGGUCAGAGCAUUGCUCUCGACUACUAUGGCCGGCAGGUUGAUGGUAUGGUAGCGGAGUUUACUGACAUUAACCGUGGGAUGGAGAAAACAGGAACGUUUACUAUGGAUAGGAAGAAGCUGUUCCAGCUGGUAGGGAAGGCUAAUUCUAAUCUGGCUGAUGUAAUUCUGAAGCUUGGUCUUUUCGAGAGGUCAGAUAUAGCUUGGAAGGAUGCGAAAUAUGCUCAGAUAUGGGAGUACCUGAGAGAUGAGUUUGAACUGACACAGAGAUUUGCAAGCCUUGAUUUUAAGCUCAAGUUUGUUGAGCACAACAUUCGUUUCCUUCAGGAAAUUCUUCAGAACAGGAAGUCAGAUUUUCUGGAGUGGCUAAUCAUUAUCCUGAUCAGUGCUGAGAUCGCCAUUUCUCUGUACGAUCUGGUCAGGAGAUCCUUGUGA